GCCGAGCUGGAGUGUAGUUGGGAUUCUGCUCUGUCAGUAACACAUGUGUGAGGGGCAGCGCGCGGCGCGCACGCACGCACACGCUCACACCCGCACACACACACUCACCGCUCGCACACGCUCGCGCAGCGCGGCCUCCUCCCGCGUCCUGCCCGCGCCGCCGCCGCCACCGGAUCCGCGGCAGCAGCUCCCGCGCGGCCCCGCUCGAACUCGCCGCUCGCCCUCUCCUGCGCGGCGCCUCGGCGGGCCGCGGCCGGCCGAUCCCCCGCGGCGGGAGGCUCGGGAGCCGCCGGCGCCCGGCGGAGGGGGCGGGGGCGGGGGGGAAGCGGUACAAAGUGAAGCCACAUUGCCAAACUUACCCGGCGAUUGCAGCAGCGAGCGGCGGCGGCGCCCUGCGUGAGCAGCCCAGCGGCGGGGGCUGAGCUCUGCAGCUCCCCUCCCGGGAAGUGCGAGCGGAGGAAGGACCCAGGCGGACGCCUCGCGUAGCAGUAUCUAUAUUUUUGCAGCCUGGGCUGCCGCUCGCUGGGCCGGGGGCUCCCUGCAGCGCUCCCGAAGCCCGGUGAGAGCGCGAGCGCUGCGUUUGCUCCUCGCCGAGGAACCUCCUCCGUGACCCCGAGCGGCGCUGCUCCCCGGCCUCUUGCAAUAUAGAGGGGAAGCAGGCCAUGGUGAACCCCGGCGGCAGCUCGCAGCCGCCCCCGGUGACGGCGGGCUCCCUCUCGUGGAAGAGGUGCGCCGGCUGCGGGGGGAAGAUCGCCGACCGCUUCCUGCUCUACGCCAUGGACAGCUACUGGCAUAGCCGCUGCCUCAAGUGCUCCUGCUGCCAGGCCCAGCUGGGGGACAUCGGCACGUCCUGCUACACCAAGAGCGGCAUGAUCCUCUGCAGAAACGACUACAUCAGGUUAUUUGGAAAUAGUGGUGCUUGCAGUGCCUGUGGACAGUCCAUUCCUGCUAGCGAGCUGGUCAUGAGGGCACAGGGCAAUGUCUAUCAUCUUAAGUGUUUUACAUGCUCUACCUGCCGGAAUCGCCUGGUCCCAGGAGAUCGGUUUCACUACAUCAAUGGCAGUUUAUUUUGUGAACAUGAUAGACCUACAGCUCUCAUCAAUGGCCAUUUGAAUUCACUUCAGAGUAAUCCACUACUGCCAGACCAGAAGGUCUGCUAAAAGGUCAGAGUAAUGCAGAAUGCGUGCCUUCAUCUCAAAUUUUGUUCAUCACAGAUGGAUCCCAUGUCUCCAAGUAGACAAGUCACCUUUGUAGCUAGCAUCAAUGCCAGCUCCAUACCAUUGCACCUUCUUUAUUCUUGAUUGCCCUUCCCACAUUUAUUGGUGUAUUAAAAUGACUGAAUAUGAACAUUAAGGACUCCAUGAACCUGGGCUAAUGGGAGACUGUAGAGAAAAUGAAAAAAGAUCCACCGGAGGACAUCUUUGGGGGGGCGGGUGGGGAAGAUGACUAAUGAAACUAAUUAAAAGAAGCAUUGAAAUCUGCUUUCUACCCUCAUUAACAAUUAGCAGGGCACUGGCCAGAGUUUGUACCCUGUGUUUUACCUUAACAACAUUCUCUUUGCUCUUUGUAUAUUUAAGUGUUGUAAGGAAAUGUGUUUCAAUCAAACUGAACAUGAGAUAAAGGAAAGAUGUGGCUUUUGUGAUAUUCUAUCACAAACACUUUUAUUGUAUCUCUGUAAAAUACAAUGUAUGUAUGCAUGUAAGUGUUUUUGUCCUAAUGUUGCUACUUCCCAUGGCAAAAAAAAGAGAAAAAAGGAAAAAAAAAUCAGGCUCAUAGCAGCUACUGUGUAGAAAUUUUCACCUACUUCUAAUUUGCUGAAUGAAGAAAAAUCUUUUAUUUGUGAUAUUUUCAGAGACAUUUGCUCUAGUAUGGUGUAUUUAAAUAAUAAAAAAGUAAAACAAAAACACUGAA